CUCUCCCAGGGUAGAAGACCGUGCCGAUGCUCUCGGGGCAAACGUAUGUCCGCGAGCCUGCCGUGCCGACCCACUCGGCGGGCGGUGGAGAGCCCUCGACCUACUGACGUCCGCUUCGGGGUCCUCGCGUGGGGGUCCUCUCGACGGCGCGAGUGUAAACACACUCAACGACUAAGAUUUUGAUUAGAAUCCUGCAGUGACACGACAAGAUGUGCUAGAAGCCAAGACUCCGGCUUCCUUCCUCCUCGCUCUCGAAGUCUUCACACGACCUAGGCUAAGUCCCUCUCCCUGUGACUGUGUCUCAGGAAGGUGUAGCAUCUUUGGAAAGUGGAUCAGGAAUGUGUAUGUGAAAAUAUAUUCGUAAAGUGUAUCGUUAGACCUGUUUUUUUUUCAUAGAAGGUCUGUCUUUCUGUCUUACCUUCCUCCUCACUGGCUUGCCGAAGUCGAGAAGAAGAAGGAAAAGAAGAAGAUUGCGAAAAGAGACGUCCCCACGAAGAAGACAAGAAGGAAAACUCGAAAACACGAUAAAGAAAAAACACGACUGAAAAGGGAGAAAUCGAAUCAAGCGAUAAGGAGGUAUACAAAGAGUAUAUCACAAGUGCCAUUUUUUUCCUUAUUUUCUCCCCUUGCUCAUCAUGGCGAAGCUUCUUAACAUUUUACUCCAGAGGUCUGACGAGUCUAUUCCUUGGGGCUUCAGGCUUCAAGGAGGAGCUGACUACAAGAAACCCUUGACUGUCCAGAGGGUGACUCCGGGAACACUCGCCUCCCAGCACCUGGCAGCGGGUGACACCAUCCUUAUGAUCGAGGGCCACGACGCAAGAACCCUGUGCCACUUCGACGCGUGUGACCUCGUCAAGGCUGCGGGAAACAAGGUCGAACUCACCGUCAGAAAGAGCCAAAAUGAUGAAAGCAAAUGUAAUACUGUCAUCGACAGUGGCAAUUAUAGUGAAAGGAACCUGGUGGACGAGAACUACGAGAACCAGAGGAAGCUGGAGAAGCUGAUGAUCGAGGAGAGGGUCGCUGAGGAGGCCGAGAGGCGGCGCAAGAAGGGCCUGCAGAAGAAGACGUUUUCCCCGCCCUUCUCGAGCGCCCCGUCGGCCGCGCAGACGCCCCGCCAGCGCUUCUCCAUUUCCCCGCAGCGCCUGGCGUCUCCGCCCGCGCAGGCGCAGUCCCCCGUGCAGCGGUACUCCUCUCCGCCGCAGCUGCCGCUGUCGCCGGUGCAGCAGUUCAUGACGCCGCCGCAGGUGACCUCCCCCUCCGCCAAGUUCUCGUCGCCGCCGCCCACCUUCUUCUCGCCCGUGCAGUCCUUCUCGCCGCCGCCGCACCAGACGUCGACGCCCCUGCAGAGCGCCACGGGCUCGGUGUACUCCACGCCCUUGUUCUCGCCCACGCAGUUCGCGCAGGCGAGCGCGCCCCCGCAGCAGCCGGGGACUCUCAGCCCCACGCAGCUGACGACGAAGCUGCACCAGCUGCAGUCGCAGGGGCCGCAGAGGAAGUCGCUGAGCCAGACGACGCUCCAGCAGACCCACGGCGCCGCCUCCCAGAGCGUCUUCAGCUCGCACUCGACCUCGCAGGUGCCGGCGACCCAGAAGACUUUCCCGCAGAAGAAGGCCAAGGAGCCUCCCAUGGAGAUACAGGACCCGCAGCUCCUGACGGAGGAACAGAAGAGGAAGCAGCUGCAGCAACUGAUCCAGGAGAAGCGGCGCCUGGAGGAACUGAUGAUGGUGGCCAAGAGGAGGGAGUCGGCGAGCGAGCUGCCUCCGCCGGCGCCCAAGGAGCCUCCCGCCGCCGCCCCGGAGAUCACCUCACCGACGAUGAGGAUGAUCGAGCUGGAGGCUCAGGAGGCGUCGCAGCAGGCCGAGGCAGAGGAGUCGAGCUCCCAUCCCCUGGCGCGCCCCUCGGCCUUCAGCCCGUCGACUCUCCUGAAGCAGGAGGCGCUGACGAAGCGGAAGGAGGAGGAGGAGAGGAUCCGGGAGGAGAACCGCCGCCGCGACGAGCAGAUCCGGCGGAUGCAGGAGAAGAACCUGGAGGAGAAGCGCAAGAAGGGCGCCAUAAAGAAACACGAGAACUUCUCGGUGGACGACCUGCGGCGCGACCGCCUCCGCCACCACGACCUACGGCGCCUCAAGUCGGAGGAGCGGCGCCUGCCCGACCCGCCCUCCGACGCCGCCGCCGACAGGAGGCGCUCGGCCCAGGACGCGGCGUCCGGCGGCGGCAGCCCGCAGUGGAAGUCGGACCAGGACCUGGCCGACCUCGAGAAGAAGAAGCAGGAGGCGAGGCUGAAGAUCGGCGAGCAGAAGCGGCGCGACGACGCGCGGCACCUGCGGCUGCAGAGGAGGCAGUUCGAGGCCAUCGCGAUGCAGGAGAGGAAGAGAGUCGAGGAGAAAAGGAAGCAGGAGGAUAAAAAAAAAUUGCAGGAGCAGUUUAAAAAGGAUCAGCAGAGGAUCCAGGAGGAGAUGGUGAAGAAGGAGGAAGCGAAAAAGCAAGAAGAACGGAGAAAAGAAGAGGAAAAGAGAAUAGAAGAAGAGAGGAGAAUUGCACAACAGAGAAAACUUGAAGAACAGAAAGCAGAAGAAGCGAGACGCAAAGAAGAAGAGAAGCGUCUUCAAGAACAAAAGAAAAUUGAAGAACAAAAGAGAAAAGACGAAGAAAGACGAAUAAGGGAACAGAAAUUACUUGAAGAACAAAAGAAAUUAGAAGAACAAAGGAGAUUGCAGGAACAGAAGCGAUUGGAAGAACAAAGAAGGCGUGAAGAGGAACAAAAAAGACUAGAAGAACAGAGAAAAUUAGAAGAACAGAGAAAAUUAGAAGAAAAGAGAAGAUUAGAAGAACAGAGAAAAUUAGAAGAACAGAGAAAAUUAGAAGAACAGAGAAAAUUAGAAGAACAGAGAAAAUUAGAACAGAGAAAAUUAGAAGAAAAGAGAAGAUUAGAAGAACAAAAGAGAUUAGAACAGAAAAGACUGGAAGAACAGAGAAAAUUAGAGGAGCAGAGGAGACUGGAAGAACAAAAAAGAUUAGAAGAACAGAAGAGACUGGAGGAACAGAGAAGAUUAGAAGAACAAAAAAGACUGGAAGAACAGAGAAAAUUAGAAGAACAGAGAAGAUUAGAACAAAAGAGAUUAGAAGAACAGAAAAGACUGGAAGAACAGAGAAAAUUGGAAGAACAAAAGAGGAUAGAGGAACAGAAGAGACAGGAAGAACAGAGAAAACUCGAAGAACAAAGGAAAAUGGAGGAAAAACGAAGACAGGAAGAGGAGAGAAAGCGAGAAGCGGAGAAGAGGGCGGAAGAACAGAGAAGGAUUGAAGAACAGCUACGCGAAGAAGAGAAGAGAAAAUUAGAAGAACAAGUGAGACUCGCGGAGGAGGAAAGAAAACGGGAAGAACAAAGGAAACAAGAGAAACGCAAAGAGAAAAAGCGAGCGGAGGCCCAGAGGAGGGCGGAGGAGAAGAGGAAGGAGGAGGAGGAGAGGAAGAAGGAGGAGAAGAAGAAGGAGGAGGAGAAGAGGAAGGAGGAGGAGAGGAAGAAGAAGGAGGAGGAGGAGAGGAGGAAGGAGGAGGAGGAGGAGGACGAGGAGGAGGAGGAGAGGGCGCUGGCGGAGCGGAGGCUGCAGGAGGAGGCGUGGAUGAGGGAGCAGCAGCGCCGGGCGGAGCAGAAGGCCAAGAGGCGGUACGACGAGCGCGUGAGGAGCGAGGAACUGCGGCAGAAGGAGCGCAAGAAGAGCGAGGAGCAGGCGGAGGAGCAGCUGCGGCUGGAGGACAUGCGGCGCCAGGAGGAGGAGCGCAUGCGGCAGGAGGCGCAAAUCUACGAGAACUACCGCCGCCACCUGGAGGAGAAGAAGAAGUCGCAGUUCUACGACUCGGACGACUACGCCUCCGAGUGGGACCUGCCCGACGAGGAGGAGGAGGCGCCGCGGGAGGCCAAGGCGUCGCCGCACCAGGAGGAGAAGUUCGAGGAGCUGCAGGCGCAGAGCGAGGAGGAGCUGUACGAGGCGCAGGAGAAGUCCAUCCGCAACCUGGAGCGCCAGAUCCGCAAGCAGAGCGACCGCGAGAAGCGCCGCCGCACCGAGAAGCAGCAGGGCGCGCGGCGGCCGCAGGCGCAGCGGGCGCAGGAGGCGACGGGGCCGCAGCGCUGGCACUCGGCCAGCACGGGCGACCUGCGGGCGUCGCGCACGCUGCCCGUCACCAAGUUCAGCCCCGACCCCAUGGAGUUCGGCUUCCGACCCAUCGAGCGCCCGCACGCCAAGCUGUCCAAGUCCACGGGCAACCUCAGUGGCGGCGCGUCGGCGGCGGCCGUGGCGGCGGUGGCGGGCGCAGAGGCGGGCGCAGGCGCGGGCGCGGAGGCGCUCUCGGAGGCCGCCUUGGAGAUGGGCGGCGCGUGGGCGGCAGGCCAGCCACUCUCCACCAGCCUGGGCGACCUGCAACAGCAGGUGUCGAAGAAGCCGCCAUUACCGUCUUCGAAAGCGAAGGUCAAACUGCGCAACGCCUCCAGUGAGGAGAAUUUGGGGCGCACGCAGGCAACGCGGUUAUAUAUCGACGACCCUUACGACUAUUGCUCCGACGGCGAGGUACACUCAGACGACCCUCGGCGCUACACCUUCUCCGCUGGCGACGGCGACCUGCUGGAGCUGGAGGCGCCGCAGCUGGAGCUCGAAGGCGUCGACUACUCUCGCCUCCUGAGUGAAUAUUAUGCCGCCUAUUAUGAGGCCUAUUAUCAGAGCUACUAUAGGCGGCAGCAGAACGAGUUGAAAGGAGGCAAUAUGCAUGCAGGAGGCCCCCCGCCCCCCCCGCCGCCGCCGCCCAUCCCUGGCAUCACUCAGUCGACGCGACUUCCCUCCGAGAUCCCCGUACGCCCGCAGCCGAUGAAUCCGCCCGCAGCCCUCGCCGGCGCCAUGAUGAAGGAGAAAAAGCCCUUUACAUACACUCCCGGAGGACUCGACCUCUCAGAAAUCAAAUCCCCAAGGAUGCAGCGCCGCCUCUACAGGAAUGCGCAGUCAGAGGGCGUGCGGCCGUCGCCCUUGGCUGCGCAGCCCUCGCAAAAUGCCACCAAUGCCACGUCAGGGCAGUCGUCAGCGCCUCUGGGAAUGCCGGUCCAGGUUCUCCCUAUGCCGGGCAUGCACAUGGGGCCGCAGCAGCAACCUCAGCCACAGCCCAAGGAGCCUCCCAAGCCCAAGAAGAAUGUGUGUGGCCCUCCGCCUCCCCCGCCGCCCUUUGCUGUGUCGCCAAACUCUUCCUAUACUCCUUCUGUCGCUUCGCCUCCUGUGAUUACCUCCCCGCCCUUGGACUUCUCCCCUGUGGCACCUCUGCCCCAGAUGGCUAAGGAGCCAGGUCCUUCCAUACCCGCGGCUCCUCCUCUGCCCCUUCAGGUCCCUACUGCCAGAAGAGGGUCACUGAUCAUUUCCUCGCCGCCUUCUUCGCCGCUUGUCAGUAGUGAGUCCAGUGACUUCUCGUCGCCGCCUCCUCCACUCCCGCCGCCUCAGCCCGUGAAAGUGCCUGUCACUCCACCAGCUAUGCCGGCACCUUUCGAGCCUCCUUCAAUGCCUCCACCACAGCAGAAGCCAGUAAUCGAGCCUCCUUCGAUGCCUCCGCCACAGCAGAAGCCAGUAAUCGAGCCUCCACAAAUGUCUGCUCCGCCGCCCAAGGAAGAAUCUCCUGAAGAAGAAAUCUUUUCAGAUGAAGAAGAGGAAUUCAGCUCUGCAGAGGAGCCGGAGGUCAGCAAAGACGUGCUAGAUCUUGGCAGGCGUGCUUCAUUAAUAGAACCAGUGCUUUCAAGACCACUGGCAGCGGUAGAGCCACCAUUAACUCAGAGCAUUAAAGAACCAUCGCCAGUGCCUCAGAGCCCCUUCAAAGAACCAUCUCCUACGCCAUUAAGCCCCGUCAAAGAGUCCUUUACACCGUACAGUCCUGUCUCGGAACCAUUUUCUCCGCCACUGAUGCCGCUCAAGGAGCCAUCGCCCCUUCGACAGACUUCGAUAAAGGAACCAUCGCCUCUGCCCCAGAUGCCCAUCAAGGAGCCAUCCCCACUGCGCCAGGCCUCUGUGAAAGAGCCAUCGCCUCUGCACCAGAUGUCUAUGAAGGAGCCAUCUCCUCUGCGCCAAAUGUCCGUAAAGGAACCUUCACCUUUGCGUCAGUAUUCAGUGAAAGAGGCUUCACCAUUCUCCCCGGUUCUUAUGAAAGAUCCUUCACCUCUUCGCCAAAUGUCCGUGAAGGAGCCAUCCCCUCUACACCAGUAUUCAGUGAAAGAGGCUUCACCAUUUUCCCCGGUUCUUAUGAAAGAUCCUUCACCUCUUCGCCAAAUGUCCGUAAAGGAGCCAUCCCCUCUACACCAGUAUUCAGUGAAGGAGGCUUCGCCAUUCUCCCAGGUGCCUAUGAAGGAGCCAUCUCCUCUUCGCCAAGUAUCCAUGAAGGAACCGUCACCUUUCAAAGAAAUGUCUCCCUUGCCACAAACCCCGAUCAGAGAGCCUUCUCCAAUGGCCUACACUCCUAUUAAGGAAACGACGCCGCAAAGGACGAUGCUCAUCAACGAAAACAAUAUCAGGCAAGCACCUGUAAAGGAGAAAACGCCAGAGCUCCCGAAGCCGACAACUGCUCGACGAAAUUCAAUUGCCGAUGCUCUGACCCACCUCAUCGAGGAGCCCACCGUUAUCUUUGCUCCGCCAGCCGUUAAACAAAUGCCUGUCAGAGAGCCAACCCCAGUGAGACAGAUAGUCCGAGAGCCCACGCCAGUAAGGCAGGCCAUCCUUCAACAACCUGUGAUAGAACCUGCUCCUAUCAUCAAAAUGGAAGCUAAACAACCUGUAGUAAAACCAGGACCACAGCCUCCGGCAGCCGUCAGCCAGGCCUCAGUACCAGUAACUUCACCUGUCAAGAAUGCACCAACAGUUCAGGGAAGUCCAAAGAGGCAUUCGGUUCUGCCAGAACCAAUGCAGAUCAAUUACAUCCCCAUAGAAAAGAGCCCAGUAGUUAGUCAAGCACCAGCAACUCAACCCGCUGCAAAACCAAUGCCUGCUACUGUAAACAAACAGCCUGUAGCAAAACAAAUGCCUGCUCGUAUGCCUUCUCCUCCCCCAGGACCCGUUGCUACCCCAGCGUCUCAAAGCACAGCAGCACCACGACUUGUGCGCCAGUCGUCCCUUCCCUCCAAACCUUCCCCAGCUCAGGUCACAACUCCCCCUGCUCAAAAGGAACCCGUUUCUGUCGCUCCUGUUUCGAGUGACGAAGAUGCCGAAGCCGUACCCAGCGCCAGUGAAAGAGGAGAUCUACGGUCGAGUCCUACGUCAGGGUUGCACAAAGCUCCACUUCCUUGGAUGUGUGGAAGGCCCAGAGAACCGUCUCCGCCACCAUUGUUCGUCAUGCAGGCCCAACAAACUCAGAACAGAUUACAACAAAAUCGCAUAAUGAGACAGCGCUCAGUGGGCCCAGAGCCUUCCCACGCACAACCACAUGCUCAAGUGACCGUAACUUCACCCCCAGAGGUCCUCCAACACCCAGGAUUCUAUAGACAGCGUUCCUUGCCUCCCCCUCAACGAACUCAGCAGCAGCUGCCACAGCAAAUACCGCAGCCGAUUCCACAGCCGAUUCCGCUGCAAAUACCACAGCCGUUGCCACAGCCAAUACCACAGCAGAUGCCGCAACAAAAGAUGCCACAACAAAUACCCCAACCAAUGCCACAACCACUACCCCAACCUAUGCCACAACCACUACCCCAGCAGAUGCCACAACAAAAAAUGCCACAGCAAAUACCACAGCCGUUGCCACAGCAAAAGAUGCCACAGCAAAUGCCACAGAGGAUGCCACAGCAGCAGGCACAAAAACAAGCGCAGCCGAGCAGAAUACAGCCGACGCGGCCGCAGGCGCAGCCCACGUCGCCGCAGGUGCGCGACAUCCCCAUCAAAGUCCAGACGGCGCACCAGCCGCAGCCUCGCCCGCGGGAGCGUAUCAUUCCUAUUACCAUCGAGAGGGAUUCCCCGCCCAGGAGCACGGCCCCGACGUCCAUACCAAUCAAGACGCCGACGACCUCAGCGCAAGAACACAUCAUUCCUGUCCAUUUCGAGGGGACGCCCAACGCUGCGCCGAGACCCGGCUUCCAGCAGCCCAGGGCCCAGGCCCGGCAAAACGCACAGCCGCAGCCUAUGCAGCCCCAGCAGCCCCAACAACCCCAACAGCCCCAGCAACCCCAACAGCCCCAACAGCCCCAGCAACCCCAGCAACAGCAGAAUUGGGCCAACUCCCCAGGGGCGGCCUUCUCCCCUCCACAGUUCCCCUCGACGCCCCUCAGUGGAAACCCCAGUGGGGCAUUCACCCCGUACAACUCCCCAGCAGGAUUGUACUCGAACAACAAUGCCCUUGAUGCCCUACACCAGAUGCAGCAGAGCUUAGAGCAGCUCAACUCGGGUCUGCAGAAUGCGUUCCCAAGAUUCAUUCAGAAAAAAAUGUCGGACUCUAUAACAUCUCGGAAACAACCUAGCUCACAGUACCGACCUCAGCAAAACGGCAAUGGGGUGCCAGGAGCCCCAGGGGACGUCGCAGCCAAUGGGGGAGACUUCGCCCCAGUGCAGUCCCGUUCCUUUAGGGUCCUGCAGAACGUCCUUGACCAUCAGGAUACCGUAGACGGUCCAUCCAAUGGUGCUCCAUUGAAAGUAGAGGUUCCUUUAGGAUCCCCAAGUAGAGGGCAAAAUGGGUCCGUAAUCCACUCCCAACCCAAGGGCCCAGGUUCAAAUUUUAGAAGCGUUAUUAACAACAAAGGUGGAGUCACAGCCCAGCAGAACAGAGGAGUCUGGAUUGACACCCCGCAGCCAUACAGUAAUGAAUCAAAGAUCAUACAGAAUAAUCAUGAACAGAGGUCCCCCAGCAUUGGUACAAAAGACCUGCCAAAUAGUUUCAAAAACAAAGUGCAGGUCUCUGUUCAUAAUGAUGAGACCCGAAGCAGGGGUGGUCACUAUUCCAACAGAAAUGCCUGGGCUCCUCCAAAGACUGGUUCAGAUGAUGAAAUCUCCAAUUAUAUGCAAGCUCAUGCCCCAGUGUACCAUGGAGAGUUCCAACCUCCACCAAAACAAUAUAGGCCUAAGCCAAAUCAGCAAAAUACUGUUUAUCAGCUAAAUAAACAGCCUAUAAAACAAAACCAGGCACAGCCACAGCAGCAGUUCCAACCACAGCAACAGCAGCAGCAACAGCCCCAGUCUCAUCUGAAUCAGCAGCAACAUGCAAAGUUGCCUCAGCAGUACCAUCAGCCCAUGCCUUUUGAAAUGAAGCAAUUAAGUGAGUCGAAACCUAGCAAUAGUCCAUCAUCCUCGAAGUUUUUCCGAAUGCUACAGACGAUCACUGAUACUUUGCCUGAAGGAGCUGAACCCCAGGGACCUGUCCACAUCCCCAACAUUAAACCACAACAGAAGGUGCAGCAGUUCCAACAGCCCCAGCAGUUCCAACAACCAGAUGGUCUGAACAGUUCGGCACCCUCAGACCAGACUGUCCCUGAGCCUAAGAAGUACAUGGGAGGUAAUAUUCCUUCUCGCUCCUUCAGGAUGCUUCAAGCCAUGACAGAUGCUGAUGAUGCCUCAGACGCCGGAGAACCUGCCAAAGUGUCAGAGGUUCCCAGCCCGCCUGGUGAUGACCAAACGCAUGCAGCCAGUCAGACCCCACCUCUUGAGUCCACAAAUAUCACUUCUCCAUCUGUUCUUUCUCCUUCCAUAACACUGACUGAAACCAAUGACACUUCCUCCGAUAGUGGAAUUUCAUCUCCAUCCAAAAUUUCCCCUUCGUACACCACCACUAAAGACAGCAGAGUUUAUAGGAAUGUUGCUCCCAAAAUAACCUUCACUGGGCAGAGGAAUGCCCAUGUUGUCAACUCUGCUCUCAGUAAUGCCAGAGACCCUUCGUCUCCUUCCUCUCCAACAUGGAAGUGUCCGAGUUUCUCUCAUUCUCCUCGGUCUCACUCGCCUGUUUGCCAGUCACAGUCGCUGCCUAAAUCUGCUGAAGAUGAACAUGAUUCUGGAUCUGACAGUCCAAGGCUGAUGAAGAUCAUACGGCAAGAAUCUACAAGUCCACAGAACACUGAGAGGCGCUACGAGGGUGCACACAUUCCUUCACGAGUUUUCCGUCACUUGCAGACUGAGUACCCAGCAUCGUCAAAUGAAAACAAUGAACUUCAAGAGCCCAAAUCAAGGGUUAAUUCCAAAAGUCCAUCUCCUCGUUAUGAUGGAAGUCCAAUACCCCCGAGGGUAUUCAAGUCACUGCAGAAUGAGACCAAUUCAAGCUUUGAUUCUGAUACCACUGAUGGCGACACUCCUUCAAGAGCAUCAAGCUCGUUUGCGGAACUAGAGGAGUACUACCAUAAUGGGGUGUCCAACACACCUUGCACCAAGGAUACUGUGUUGAAAGAGCUGACAACUCAGUUUGAUAACACAGGUUUCAAAAAGAAGCCAAGAGCUGCGCCAGGAAAGGUCUUCCGGUAUUUACAGACCCAGUAUGAUACUACAGCAGAUCCCCAGCCAGAACCACAGCCUGAUAAUUUGCAGACACCAAGUGAUGAGUCCCCAGGCUUUGGUUACCGAGGCUCAAAGGUCCCUUCACCCUCAUUCAGGUUCUUGCAAAAUCAGUAUCACCAACAGCCGGAUGAGGAGAUAGCAAAGGAUAAUGAGCCGCUCACACCCGACGCCCCUGCGCAUGAGGUAGAGCCCACACCCUACAGAGGAGGCCGAAUUCCUGGAAAAACAUUUAAAUUCCUUCAAGACAACAUCACCACUCACCCAUCUGUCCUUCAGGCAAAGAAGUAAAUUAUUUGCCAAUGCAGAAGAAAAAAGGAGAAAUUUUCCCAUAAUUUUGUGUUUAUAAUGGAUGUAUAAACUAUUGCAUACAUUGUAGUUUCUGAUAACUUUCAGGUGGAAAGAUGUAUCAUUCCACAAUAACUUCAGGAACUUGCAAGAUAGGAAUUUAAACAAAGUUCCACCAAGGGGACCAAAUUAAUGCAUACUAUUAUUGCAGAAAAGUAAUAUGAGUAAGUCUCAGAAUAACCAGACCUGUAUGAUACCAACACAUUCAUAUUUUCAUUUCUUGUGCAGCAUUAUAAUACAAACAGUAAUAGACUCUUCAGAACAUUCUAAUUGAUGAAACAUUGCACUGAACCUCCCACCCCAGUAUGAUGAGUGAUUUGAAUUUGGACAACAUGACUAUCAUGUGCUUCAGAAUGGCCCCACCUUAUUUACAGAAACUUGCUACAGUAACUUUGUCUUCCUAAGAGAUGGCACAAGUAAGCUUUCAGAAUUGUGAGUUGUCAUUUUUGAUAAUUUUAUAUUGCAUUGUAUUUAUUACAUUUACUAUGUACACAAAUAAGUAGUUUGUUGUCUAAGAUAUAUUAAUCUAUGAUACAAUGGUAUGUCUACUUAUGUAGACAUGUACAUUAUCACAAGAAAUCUUAUUUUUUUAUGAAACAUAAUCAUGUAUUAUAAAUGUGCUUAAUAUUACAUGACUGAGGACUUGCAGAUCAAGAAAUACAUAAGAACAGAAGAAAUCAUUGCAUUAGAAGAGAAAAUUGAUCACAUCAUUAAUUUCAUUGGUACUUGUUAACAUGCACAAAUUUUCAUGAAACAACAGACCUGAAAUUACACAUAUCACUGUCCUCAUACAUAUCUCCUUUCCACUGCUAUUCCCUGUUGAACUAUCCAUCCAGGCUAAUACGUACCAUUUGGCUUGCUUAUGGUUUUGAAGAUUCCUCACAGUUGCGGGUCCUGGCCAAAGCGAUCUGUAGACAGCCCACUAGCAACAAGCAGUCUUUAAUGUACACUCAGUGAUCAAGAUAAUUAUUUUUUGCAUAUAUCAUGUUCAACAGGAAAAAGAAUAAUACUAUGUUAAAUUACACAUGUAGUUCCCAGGCCCCAAUGAAUGUGUUUUUAUACUGUUUUUAGGAAAAUCCAGCAGGUUCCUCUUUUCUGCUGAGCAGAGUAUAUCUAGUGAGAUUUGUCCUACUAAUUUUAGUGUACAUUACUUAUAAGCCAUGUUUUGGGUUCUACAAACAGAGUUAUGUGGUUUAUCCUUGCUGCAUAACUAUGUACAGUUAGCCUAGCCAAUGUAUGAUUCUUCCUUAAAAUUUCUAAUAAAGCGCAUGUUAUUACAGCUUUGUGCUUCCAUAUGUCUUAAGUUUCUACACAAUGCUUAGAGGUUUUAUUUCCAUGUGGAGCAACCCAAAUAGCAAUCACACACAGAAAAAAGUUCAUGCCACAGUGACUCAUGUCCUGUGGCUCUCCUGCACGGAAGCUACCCAGAAUAAGUGACCUUUUUACCUUGACUUUUGUAAAGCCUACUGGCCCUGUAUACCCUUGUCAUGUCACUGCUGUGUCUUGUGGCUGUGUCCACCUCUAUUUAUACUGCACUUAAAAAAAAAGUCUGUUUGAGCUCAAUAUUUAGAUUGUGUCUGACAAUGUGAUCGAGUAGAUUAGGUUUAUUUUUAAGGCAUAUCGUAUUUGUAUACCAUUUAUUUAGCAUCUGCUUUUAUUUUAUGUAAAUUGUUUCCUUUUGAAAGAAAUAUAUAUAUAACUGAUUACAACCAUUUCAUCCUAUAAAUCAUAUGCAACACAUUAUGGAUUUAUAUUUGCCUAGAGAAAUUAUUCAUUCAGAAGUCCACCUUGAAUAACAAAAGAUAACUUUUCUAAAUGUGAUGAAUAUACCAUAAUAUCUAAUAUAUUACCAAAGUUGAUAUAUCUACAUAUACAUAUAAAUAUGUAUCAGUACUGUGUACAUUUCAUUUAUGGAAUGUUAAGUAGGCUUUUGCAAGGGAGAUUAACAAAGAUUAUAGAUCUAGGAGAUGAGACAAUGGUUUAUAUAUGUGCCUUCGUUUUGUAUUUGGAAUGAAAUAAAAUAUUAGUAACA